AUGUCUUCCAAACAUCUCAAUGGCAAAUCUCCAGUUUUGUCUGCUCAGACCGACUUGAGCAGAAUGGAUGCUUCUGCCAACACCCAAGCUGACACUUCCUUGCAAGCCAUUAGUUGCAUCCACAACGUUCUGGCUACCUGCUUCACUGCCCUUGCUGAUGCCAUUGAGCAGAAUCUAUCUGAGGAAAGGAAGAAUCAAAUCAGGCAAACCAUUACAACAAUGAAAGUCAUUUACUGCAUUCCAGCCUACCUCCUGCUGAGCAAGAAACCCGUCAAUCCCGUGUUGUGCCCAGGGAACUGCCCAUCUUCCAGUGGCAAGGAAACGAGUGAGACACCACUCAGAAGGUGUACUCCUCUAUCGAGGAAUGCUUUGACAAAUUUGAAAAUGUACUCCAUUUGUACAGUCUGGAUCUCAACGUGGACUGGCACCACCUCCUGCCCAUUGUUCUAUCAAGAGAGCAACAAUCCUGGUAUGACAACUACCUUCAUAGUUCCUCUGAGCUCCCCUGGUCUUUUGCACGUGAUGCAUUUAUUUGUGUCUAUGGCAUCAACAAUCUGGAACGCCAGAUACCAACGUGUCCGGCAAGAGGCCAAGAUAGCUGACAACAUGCAAGCCGCUAUAGCUUAUACUGCCACCCUCCUGCCAGAGAUGGCCCACCAAGUCCCACUCCUGCAAGUAAACAUGUACAGAGAAAAACGGGACACUAUUGACAAGGCAGCCUCUCUGGCUAGGUCAAUCUACAACACGGUAUUCCCUGCCACUCUACACAACGACUCUGCUCCUAGGACCCGCACACUUGGUCAAGCACAGGUGUCACACACACUUACUCACUCUUCUUCUGCUUGCUCUUCUGGUUUUUCCCACGAAACUACACCGAGCCGUGAACGCUCCUCAAGCAAGAAGUGUUCACUCCAUGGCAAGGGCAAUCAUGACACUGAGGAUUGCCACAUCCUCAAGAUAGCCCUGGCAACCAAGGGAGUUCUUCGGGUUCUGUGUCUGGCUCUUCUCAGAGAUCUGCCCCCCACUUUGCCGUCCGUUCUGCACACGCUGUUACUAGCAACAACACUCCCUCGGAGGCAAGCUCCUCUGAAAACGACUAGUCCAUGGUCAUGGACUUUGAACAGUGCUCCCCAUAAAAAACUAUGGGCACUGGUAGACACCAGGGCCACCAUCAGCUCUGUCAACACCAAGCUCUGUAGCAAGUUUGGGUGGUCAAUAAUUCCUCACAAAGGGAAAAUCGUGUUGGCCACUAGUAACGCUAUAGCUCAUAGACUAGGAGUAACAAAACUAAUAAAAGUUUUGUAUAACAACAAACACAUUACACAUUCUUUUGAAUUUUUGGAUCUCGCUGAGAAUAUAGAUGUUAGUAUUGGUACAGAUUUAAUGCCAAGUCUUGGUAUACAUUUACUGGGACUAGCAGAGAGUUGGUACGGUUCUAAUACACCUCAGAUCCCUACACCCAUAGCUGAAAUAGAAAAGCCCAAUAAUUCACCAGCCGGUACACCCACUGAUCAUUCUCAAUUCAUGAAGGCUCUACUAGUCUUUAGUAAAGCAAAUGAAGCCAUACCCAUAACUUCAUUUUGUAUAGUUAAGGAAUCUAUUGUACGACUACUAACGCCCCCAGAUCAAGUAGUCUAUAGACGACAAUAUCCUAUUGCUUUACAACUUGUUCCACUGAUGGCCAAACAUAUAAACCAAUGGCUUACUGAUGGCACCAUACAAAGGGCACCCACUGUCGUAUUCCCAGCAAUCUGCGAACGCAUCAAAGCUACACAAGCUGCUGAUAAAGGAAAACACGACAAAGACCAUAAAAUAAUAAUGGAGUUCCCAAACGACAGCAACGUGAUGGUAAAGAACAUAUUAAGAAAGUCUAAGACGGACCCAAGAUAUGAAGGACCAUUCACAGUCAAGGGCAGAACAACAGGAGGCAGCUACAUUUUGCAAGACAAAACGGGGGCACUUCUAUCACAAAACAUCCCAUCUUCGCAGGCCAUCAUUGAUCAUUGUCAAGAAAAAGGUGACUACCUUUACAAAGUGUGCUGGAAAAACUAUGUACCAGAUCAAGACACUUGGGAGCCCAUAAGCAAUUUCAACGAUCUGAGCAUAAUUGACAAAUAUUGGCAAAGACGAGGUCCAGAGAAACCCACCAAUAAAGCUACAAUUAUACAUAACAAGCAUACACAUCCAACACAAAAACCUACACGCUUUAGCAAACGUAUACGCAAAUAA